AGAGAGGGAGGGAGGGAGGAGGCAACAGAAAGAGCAGCCGCGCCACACAGUCCACAUUUCCACCAGAGAGCCCGACACUCAGACUCCCAGUCUGCCACCGACCUUCUCUGUCUAGUCCGGGUAAACAAAAACAAGCGGAGCCCGGACGCGUCCCGCUCUCCUGGCUAGAUUCUCCCAUCACUCCCAGGGCGUACUCGGUUUAGCUCUUUAUUCUCCUCCCGGACGGACGUCAGCUUCCCACCGCACAGCUCCCAGGAUAUAAGUUGUUCCCAGUAGCAGAACCGGAGAUCCUGGAAGAUGGGUUCCGUCCCGGCCAUAUCUGUCCUUAUUUUGGGCAUUGUGGUUCCAGCGCUGGCCGGCUAUAUUGAGGCACUAGCAGCCAAUGCAGGCACAGGGUUUGCCGUGGCCGAGCCACAGGUGGCGAUGUUCUGCGGAAAGCUCAACAUGCAUGUCAACAUUCAGACCGGCCGCUGGGAACCCGACCCAUCCGGAACCAAGAGCUGCGUAGGAACCAAAGAGGGUGUGCUGCAGUACUGCCAGGAGAUGUAUCCCGAGCUCCGAAUCACAAACGUGGUGGAAGCCAACCAGCCAAUCCGUAUCGAGAACUGGUGCAAGAAGGAAAAGAAGGUGUGCAAAGGGCAUGCCCACAUCGUGGUGCCUUACAAAUGCUUAGUGGGCGAGUUUGUGAGUGACGUGCUUCUGGUUCCAGAGAAGUGCAAGUUCUUCCACAAGGAGCGUAUGGACAUGUGCGUCAGCCAUCAGCAGUGGCACGGUGUGGCCAAAGAGGCCUGCGCCAAGAGCUCCAUGGUGCUGCACAGCUACGGCAUGCUGCUGCCCUGCGGCAUCGACAAGUUCCACGGCACCGAGUACGUGUGCUGUCCCUCCUCUCGCAGCGGGGAGGCCGCCGCCCCUUCCCUGCCCUCCCAGGAGGACGACGAAGAGGAGGAGAUGGAGGACGAGGAGAUUGACGAGACCGACCUGGAAGAGGAGGACGCCGUAGAGGACAGUGAGACACCGGCCGACGAGCAGCCCACGCAAAAGGAGGAGCCGGCGCAGGGGGAGGAAGACGAGGAUGAGGAAGACGAGGAGGAGUACCACUACGUCUACGAGGACGAGGAGGCGGAUAAGGAGGACGAGGACGAGAAGAAAGAGAUCAGCAAAAUGUCCGAGAGCCAGGACGAGGACAAGACUCUGCAGGAAGUGAAAGCGGUGUGCACCCUGGAGGCUGAGACCGGCCCCUGCCGCGCCUCCAUGCCCCGCUGGCACUUCGACAUGAGCCAGAGGAGGUGCGUGCGCUUCGUAUACGGGGGCUGUGCCGGCAACCGCAACAAUUUCGACUCGGAGGAGUACUGCAUGGCCGUGUGCAAGCGCCUGACCGUCACCCCGACCCCCCAGCCCACCGAUGACGUGGACAUCUACUUUGAGACCCCGGCCGACGACAAGGAGCACAGUCGCUUCCAGAGGGCCAAGGAGCAGCUGGAGAUCAGGCACCGCAACCGCAUGGAGAGGGUAAGAAAAGAGUGGGAAGAGGCUGAUCGCCAGGCGAAGAACCUGCCCAAGGCCGAGAGGCAGACAUUGAUCCAGCACUUCCAAGCCAUGGUGGAGUCCCUGGAGGAGGAGGCAGCCAGCGAGAAGCAGCAGCUGGUGGAGACUCACCUGGCCCGGGUGGAAGCCAUGCUGAAUGACCGGCGCCGUCUGGCCCUGGAGAACUACCUGGCUGCCCUGCAGGCUGACCCCCCCAGGCCCCACCGCAUCCUGCAAGCCCUGAGACGGUACGUCCGCGCCGAGAACAAGGACCGCCAGCACACCAUCCGCCACUACCAGCACGUCCUGGCUGUGGAUCCUGAGAAGGCUGCUCAGAUGAAGUCCCAGGUGAUGACCCACCUGCGCGUGAUCGACGAGAGGAUGAACCAGAGUCUAUCUCUGCUCUACAAAGUACCUUAUGUGGCCGAGGAGAUUCAGGAUGAAAUUGACGAGUUGCUCCAGGAGCAGAAAGCUGACAUGGACCAGUUCCUGUCGUCUAUCUCGGAGUCCCAGCCAGACGUCACCGUGUCGUCGUCAGAGGAGGAGAGCGUGGAAGUUCCCGUGUCUGAGGGCAAACCCUACCGGCCCUUCCAGGUCACAUCCUUGGGGUCCCGUUCAGAGCCAGAAGGCUCCGCCAUGGCUGGUCUAGACGGUCUGAUAGGUGCCGAGGAGAGAAUCAUCAACAGCAAGCCCAAGAUCAGCGACAGCGUGGUGAUUGAUGAGUCUCUGGAUGUUAAAGAGGUGGUUUACAGUGCAGAGAGAGUCAGCGUAUUGCAUGAUGCUGAGCUGGAGUCCUACCGCCCCCUGGGAGAGGACUUCAGCUUUGGGAGUAGUGCACUGAUUGGCCUGCUGGUGAUUGCGGUGGCCAUAGCAACUGUUAUUGUGAUCAGCCUGGUGCUUUUGAGGAAGAGGCAAUACGGCACCAUCAGUCAUGGCAUCGUGGAGGUUGACCCCAUGCUGACACCAGAGGAACGCCACCUCAGCAAGAUGCAGAAUCAUGGCUACGAAAACCCCACCUACAAAUACCUGGAGCAGAUGCAGAUCUAAACCAGAGCCUGUAGGGGUUUUGGGGGGGUGGGGGGGGGGUGCUCUGUGGAAUCUGACAGAGGACGGCAACCUGAGGGGGGAACAUACUACUGACCAAUAACAUAUGCUAUUGUUAAAAUCAUUUGCAUACAUCCAAACUCCAUUUACUGGUUUGUUCGAAACAAUCCUUAAAUAAUGCUACUACUUCUACUACUGCUACUAUUGUAUUAUAGAGCUCUUUUUUGAUCAUGUUUCUUUUGAAAAGGUGAUGUAUCUUGCCAUAUUGCAUUAAGGAAAUUAAUGUGAUUCUGCAGAUUUCUCUGUAAUUAUCGAUACAGCUAUCUCAGAUCAAGAUGUAUAACAUUUCUUCAGACGUUUUCUUUGAUUUUGAAAGUGAAAGGCAAAUCAAGCAAAAAUGUAAAUGUUUUUGAGUGGCCAUCAUCAAACUGGCAUACCAAACACAACACUUUGAUUUUCCAUCAUGCAAGGUGUCAUCCACGCAGUUUCUGAUGGUUUUUCUCAAAAAAAGAAUUGAUGUUUUCUUUUUUUCUUUUUUUUUUUUCUUCCUCUCAAUAGAUUGCUUGUAUAUGAAGGUUCUUUGUACCAAUUAAAAUGUACAGUGAUACAACAAAUGAGAACAAAAAAAAUCAUGAAUUAUUUACUUUCUGUUCUUUGUUUAUGAUAACAGACAAAAUAUACAUAUACAGUUUAAAUAUAUAUAUAUAUAUAUAUAAGAAUAGAUGUUUGUAUUCCACCUUUUUUUCCCCAGGGGAAGAGGUUACGAGUCGGUUUAGGGUUCUUAGCUUAGCGGUCAUGAGUUGCGUUUGCAGGCACACUGUUGGAAAGAGUCGGGGAAAGGGGAAGGUGUGCACAGACCCCCCAGCUCAAACACAUCACGCAAGAACUACUCUGAACCCCUUACCAAGUGAAUGUGAUAACAAAUCCCCCUCCUACAAACAAACACAACCUUUUAUCAAUAGGGAGACAGUAUAAUUCAGUAGAUUGACGUGUGUUACAUAGUUGAAUGUAUCAGGGAAGCUUUUUUUUCUCCAUACUAUGUAUCUGACAGGUUCCUAUGUGGCUUUGAUUUGAAUGCACGCAAACAUUGUGACAGCAGGCAAUGACAAACUGACAAACAAGUGGUUUUUUUUGGUUUGGUUCAUUGUUUUUUGCACAAAUUAUCUGAAGCAAAAACUACUUUGAAACAAACUUUUGGGGGAUGAUGUACACACAUGUCAUUGGAGCAACUGUUUGGCUUUGCUUGUCAUAAAGCGUAGAACAGACUCAUAGCGCAAAACAGGGCCGGCACAGAGGCACAAACACCUACUGUAAAGCAGCUGCCCAAACGAAGUGAAAAUGUACGCAGUGAGUUUUUUUUUUCUGAAUCUGAAUAUACGAAAUUUAGGGGAUUAUUACAAAUAAUAACUAUAACAAAUUUUGCAAUUUGGAUUUUGGGAUUUCGGUACCGAGAAAGGCUUGGGCCGGCCCUGGAUCAAAGCCAAUUGAAGACACCUUGGAGCUGGAGGGCUGUGCAGGCAGACAGAGACAGAAAGACAAGGCUUGGAGAGCUGGUUUCUGGGGGGAAAAGGAGCUAAUUUGUGUAUUUUUACAGGUAGAGAAUGACACAAACGAGUAAACUGAGUCCUACAAUCCUCUUCUCUCUCUCUCUCUCUCUCUCUCUCUCUCUCUCUCUCUUUCUCUCUCUGUCUUAGUAUUGUCUUUGUAUGCCUGUAUAGUUGAUGUUUCAAUCAUGGCUUUUUUUCCGGAGGAUUACCUGUGAUGUGCAUUGUUCUUAUAUGAAAUGAUAUGAUAUAUAUUUUUAAGUUUGUUCUCUUGUUUCCUAUUCUUUCCUCUUCCUGUGACAGUAUCUCUGUAUGCGACUGUCUCACUAUGCAUCACUAUUCAAUCUUGUAACUGCCUGCUUGAUUGUGGGAAGGGACCGGGAACUAAUAUAAUAUGCAUAUUAGUGAUUUUAAAAGAAAUUUGAUUGACACCAAUGGAAACAGAUUUAUGAUUACAGUGGGGGGGAGGGGGUACACAUCAAUAAACUCACAACUUCCAUAUG